GCAUUUCACAGUACAUCUGUGUCAGUGGCAGAGAGUUUGAGGCACGUUUAAUAAUGAUUUGCCAAAUGCGUAUUUUUAUACUUUUUUAUUUCAAUCUAGUUCUUCUGCUAGCACUGGAUAACAAUCAAACACCGAGGGUGGUUUUACACGCGACGGAUGGAGAGUUCAUGAGAUACCAGUUCAAAGAGGAUCAAAGCUACACAGUGUUUCUCCUGCCUGAUGACAGUAAAGAAAUGCUUUAUGUGGGAGGCCACAACAAACUUUUCCACAUCGAUUUUACAUCAUUGAAUCAAUCCAGAGAGAUUAAAUUCCCUUCAUUCAAACAGGAAUGUAACAAGGUGGAUACAUGUAAAAAUUACAUCACUAUUAUGUACAAGAACAACGAUUCCCUCUUUGUAUGUGGAACAAAUGGAGGUGCACCAUUAUGCUGCUACAUGGACAAAGACAAAUCUGGCAAAUGUGAUAGCACUAGAAUAUACGAUGGUGCAGGAGCUUCCCCAUACUCACCAAGAGAACCAGUCGCAUCACUAUUUGUUGGUGAAACCAUCGCAUUACAUUGCCUGGCUAUUAAAAACCAUCCUUAUCACCCUUUCUUAGAACAACAAUAUGUUGGCAUGACACUGAGCAGAAGAAAUGGUGAUGGGUUUCAAGACAAAAUCUAUGCCUUCCUCCGAGAGAAAAAUCUGGAUGAACAUCCUGAGGCAGAUCUCUGGAUCUCCCGUGUUAUCCAGAUUUGCAGGGCUGAUCUAGGGGGUCCUAAAAAUAUACUGCAGAAAAAAUGGACUUCAAUUCUGAGUACCCGGCUUUUAUGUGGAAUCCCUUCAGAGAAAAUUUUCUUUAAUCGCCUGCUGGAUGUCUUUGUGUUGCAUGCAGAUGACUGGAGACAGAGUAAGGUGUAUGCACUCUUUUCUAGUCGCUGGAAUGCAACAGCUGUUUGUAUUUACAUGAUGGAUGAAAUUGACCGUGUAUUCACACAGUCAAAUAUUAAGGGCCGUACACAAAGUCUUCCAAAUCCCAGGCCUGGAACGUGUGUUAGUGACAGUACAAAACUGAACAUGGAUGUCCUGAAUAUAAUAAAAGACAACCCAGAGAUGGAAGAUUGGGUCAAGCCUAUUGACCAGAGUGCUCCUUUCAUGGUUAGUCAUCGACAUUACAGACAGAUUCAAGUGGAUGUGGUGAAACGUCGUGCCAACUCGUCACACACUGUCCUGCUGAUGUCUUUAGGUGAGUUACAUGCUGAAGUCUUAUUGCCAUAUACAGGAAUUCUCUUUUUAUCUCUGAAGGUAUGCUUGAUAUGCUCCUUGGCUUUUACUAAAUUUAUCUCAAGCUGCAGGAUAAGACAGGAUUGCCAGAGAAAUACCCUACAAAUACUUCUCUACAUCCACAAAGUUCUGGAGGCAAAUGGCAAGCCCUUCAUUAUCUCAGAAAUCUAUCCAUUCAAGAAGAAGACCUACAUUCAGUCUAUGAUUCUGGAUUCAGCUAAGAAAAAGCUAUAUGUUGGCUCAUCUGAAGAAGUGGUUCAGAUUGACCUGCAAAGAUGUGAUCACUAUGGGAAAACAUGUGAGCUGUGUGUCUUAGCUCAAGACCCAUACUGUGGCUGGAAGGGAGAUAAAUGCACAAGAAUAACAGAGUCAGCAAUUCAGGAAGUGCAUCAUGGAAAUUAUUCAGUGUGUAAACAACCCCUGUAUCAACCCCAAACAUCUUCCAACAUGCCAAAUGCAAAGUCUCAAGCCACUGUUGAAGUUACUCUUUCUACCCGCUCCUACAUGAGCUGCCAGGUCCAAUCUCGCAACGCAAAAUAUGUUUGGCGCCAUAAAGAAAAUGAGACAGAGUGCCAAGUUUCUAAUGGGGAGUGUCUGUACUUGAUAAGGAAUGUAGCUGAAGAAAACCUUGGUGAAUACAGCUGCAUCUCUCAGGAGAAUGGCUACGAACAGCAAGUGGCACAGUACCUGCUAACUAGAGGUGGAGCCACAACCGUCUCUUCAAGAUUUCUAGUUCUGAUAAGCGUCCUUUUGGCAUCACUCUGUUUCUAGGCCUUUUAAAGCCAGAUGCUGGAUCUCUGUCCCUGCCCUUUGAGCACAGGGCCUUCACUCCUAGAAUGCCCUACAUCCAACAGGUGUUCGAUCUUCUCAAAUCACCAGCACCUUUAGAAAUUGGAGGAGGUAUUCAUGACUUAAUGAAAGUGCACAGUUUAAAACUAAGAUGUGUUAAGAUUAAACCUUGAGACACAGCAGCCCUCUAAGACCAGAACUGGACAAGGCUGCAUGUAUAGUGACUGAAAAGUUACUUUUUGCAAAUAUCCUUUCCAGGUUAUAAUUUGAAAGAAAUCUUAAAACCAGCUUUAGGAACUGCGGUCACUAGAAAGAGGUUUUAAUAGAAUUAGUAAAUAAAGCAUAUUUAUAUAAUCUAACUACCAUUCUGGGCAAGCAAUUAAAAUUUGCCCAACUGUGUAGUUUCUAGAUUUGUUUUUCAAUAAUUUUGUUAAAUUUACAUUAAUGUAAGAAUUUAGUUUAUAUGAAGGAAAAAGCCAUUUAGCUUUUAUUAGUGUGUAAAUUAAUGUGAAUCUACAGUAAGUAUUAGUCCUUGUGGCAAGAAGUGAUACAGUAUUAUUAGUUUUAUAUUUGUAGGUCAUACAAAGUUUAUUACAGAUUGAACAUGCCAAAUUAAAAUUGGAUCUAAAAGAGAUACAGAAAAUCUUGCUUACAGAGGAAAUGAUCGAGUGAAACUCUCUUAUAUGCACUUUACAUGUUCUGGUGAGUGAUUGAUUCAUUGGAACAUUCUUUUAAAUUGAAUGUAAAUCUUCAACAUUUGACUGGAAAAAAAAAACUGUAGAGGCAUAGGAAGGUUACAGUAUCAUGCUGUAUAAAAGUAAAACUAGUCUGUCAGAAAACCUCUUUCCAAAGUAUUUUGAAUCUUAUAUUUUUAAAUGUGGUCUUUUUUUAUGUAGUCACAUAAAAGUAUUUUUUCACUGUUGGCAGUAUACCAAACCUAGUCAAAUCGCAAUUCAAAUCCCUGUGGGUUUUUAGCAGUGUUUUUAACUCAAGGUGUUAAGACCUGGAAAAUAAUAAUAAUAGAUUUGACCUUUAACCAUUUAUAGGUUUGCUUUAGUAAUUUAGCAUUCAACUUUAAUAGUACUAGUAACUGAGUUAAUCACCAUUUAUGACUAGUCACUAAAAGGGACAAAGUGUCCUGGAUUUGUGGGACUUUUUUUUUACAAGACUUAAUGGAUUUAAAGUCACAAAACAGUCAUUCAAACUAUUGUGUAACUUUGUGGAUGAGCUAGCCAAAGCUAAUAAGGAGAAAAAAAAUAUUUUCUUAUGUUUGACAUUAAUUCAAACUAAGGCAAAUCAACAAGGUCUAUGUUUUAAGUCAUCAAAGAAAGAAGAGUGACACCACUGAAAUUCUUACAAGUGAUGUUGAUGAGGCUAAAGAAAAAGAGCACUCAUUUUUUAAGAAUUUCUAAAAGUAACCAUUUGCACAUAAUGUGAGUCUAUUCAAAUUUCAAUUAUCUUCAGUCUAAAAGGGUUUUACCAUUGUUUUUAGACAAAAUAUUUAUAUGGUUUUAAUAAUAAUUGUGACUGAAGUGUCUGAAUGUUGAGCAAUUGUGAAAAUGUUUUCAUUAAUUUAUUUAUAUUUUGUUGAAAACUGUGAAAAGAACUACAGUAGGUGUGUAUAUCAAUAAGAAAUGUAAUUAGAAUUGUAUGCAUCUGGAAGAUAGCUUUGUUGUAAACAUUUCUUUUUUGUAUUUCAUUGAUUCGUUUCCAGCUUCUGCAUCACAAGGAAAAAAUCCUGGCAAAUAAAGAACAUUAAUACUUGCAGCUUUA